UGCUCACUGCUCUCGCUGAAGCUCCCCGGCCAAUAAUUAGCGCCAUUUCGAAACGGACCAUUCAACACCAGCUGUGCUCUCCGCGCUCACCCCAGGCCUUACCUCGAGGACAUCCUGCCGGCGCGCCUUGUCCCCAGCCUCCGCCCCAGAUACGCUCCCUUCAUCGACGGAGUCGCGGGCCUUUUUUUUUACCCUUACUACCCCUCCGCUUGCCGCUAUUCCCCAGUCGGCCAUCCCCAGCUUAGAGCUCCCUGGCCCGCCGCCGCCCUCCUUCCUCCACCUCGACUCCCUCUGAGGGUCCGACGCAACCCUCCCCACCCCAGCCAUGGCGUCCCCCAACGUCACCAACGGCAACCAGUCUGCCCCCGGCCCCGGUGGCAACAAGGCGCAACUGAAGACGACGGCCAGCGCCAAGGCAAUGGACGGGUCGCGCAAGCAGGCGGGCAGCCCCAUUGACGCUUCUUCAAGGAGACCGCCGCCUCCCAAAGCUUGGAGCUCUGGCAGCACGAAUCCCAUCACGCAGCGUCCCUCGAAUGCACCAUUGCCGAACGGAUCAAGUGGCAUGCAAAAGUCCCCUGCGGGUCCGAAAGCUAUGGCGUCGAAUCAAGCCUCGUCGGAUAACAACAAGCAUGCGCAUGACCGCAUGGUAUUCUUAAUCAGCAACUUUGUGGGACUAAUGGCUACUGUGACCCUCAAGAGUGGUGAGCGGUUUCAUGGUGUAUUCUCGACUGCGUCCCUUGAUCAUGAGUUGCGGUACGCCUUCAAGAUGGUUAAGCGGUUGCCAUCGUCCGGCGCGCAAGUAAACGGCGCUGCCGAAUCUCAGGACGAAUACUGUGGCUCUGGACCGGAGCAUUGCAUGGCCUUUGACGUUAAGGAUGUCGUUAGCCUGAACGUUGAUGGCGUGUCCAUGGACAAAACUCAAGCCAAGUCUCGUAAUGGAACCCCCGCCGGUUUCAGAACGGAUACCGACAUCUCCGGCAACAUUUUGUCGCGCGAACGUGACCUUCAACGCUGGGUUCCGAGCCAAGAUACUGACGUUGAUCUGUCUCUCGAUGAUUCUGGCGCAGGCUGGGAUCAGUUUGAAGCAAACGAGCGUCUGUUUGGUGCCACUAGCAAUUACAAUGAGGACCUGUACACGACGAAGAUCGACCGUAACAACCCGCAGUACAGGCAAAAGGCUGCGGAGGCCGAGAAGAUUGCGCGCGAAAUCGAAUCUGGAGUCGCCGACAAUGCGCACAUUGCUGAAGAGCGCGGACAGAUUCGUCCAGAUGAUAGUGGAUUGGACGAAGAAGAAAAGUAUAGCGGCGUUCGCCGCGAGGCUUCUCCUUUGUCAUCAGGGCAACCACACAAAUAUACCCCGCCCGCCAGGAGGGCUCCGACGGGCCAAGCCACUGUUUCUGGAGCACCCUUCGACCCAGCAAUCAUCUCCUCACAGCUGGCUCGUCCUGGGCCCCCUGCUACGGCUGCGCCGCAGCCUUCCGCUAGCGGCGCCAAACCCCAGCCGCAAGUGCCCAUGGCCUCGAAAUCCGACGAAGCAAAGCCUCCAGCUGCCACGCCUGCGGCGGGAUCGUCCUCUACGUCGGCCACUGCUGCUAAACCCUCCGAUAUCACCGCAGCUGCCUCAACCGGACCUUCCCAAAAGGCUCCGGCAUCUCAGCAACCAACGACUUCGGAUAUCCAAUCUAUCCGAAAGCCUGGCAAGCCUACUGUGGAGAGCGAGCUCUUGGAUUCCUUCAAGCAAUUUUCGGCCACCGAAAAGCUGAAGGUCCAAGAGAGAGCGCGUCAUGUCGCUCGUCAUGACAAGAACGUGAAACUGAAUGACUUGAAGAAGUUCGCGGCCAACUUCAAAUACAGCGCGCCCAUCCCGGAUGAUCUGAUUCCGAUUUUAGCCAAGGACCCGAGUAAGCAGCAGGAAAUCAAGGCAAACUCCCAGCGUGCUACCGAGGAACGUAAGGUUACGGUUUCGACCGUUGCCGAGAAGUCGGUUGCCGGUUCCGCUGAUGCAAAGCAACAGCAAAGAGCUUCCCUUCAACCUGGCCACAUGCUUCAAACUAACCAGGCCAACCAACGACCGCGACCUGGGCAAGGUCCUUUCCCUCAAGCCCCUCGCGGGGAUCGCAACGGCCAAAACCACAACAGCAUGCCUCCUCGCAAUGCGCCGGGCAUGUUGGGUCAGCGUCUUGUCAUGAACCAACAACAGCACAAAGCUGGUGCGGCCAUGGCUAACAUGCCCCACCAGGUGCCCGCUCCAGACGUGCGCAUCCCACCAAGUGGUCCCACGGCAUCAUCAUCAACUGGAACGCACACGCCCACCUCGAGCAUCUCCACUAGGUUUAACGUCAAGGCUAUGGAAUUCCGCCCCAACCCCGCAGCGAACACUUUUACUCCUGGUGGCAGCACGAGUAACACCUCGAGUCCCAAGAAGGAGCCGACCCCGGCUCGGACCGCGCCACGUAGAGGGCCCACGUCCAGCUUCUUUGGAUCUCAGAAGCCUGCGACAACUUCUGCGCGGCCAUCACUUUCCGAGUUGUUCAACCCCAUCAAGCGCAUGAAGAAGGAAGUCGAGGCGGAGCACAAGACUAAGGAAUACGCUGCCAAUGGCGGAAUACCGCAGGCCUACAGGACCCCUCCUACCUGGGCUGCGGACGUUCCUGACGCUAACAAGGACAAGAGUUACACGGACAUGUUUGAGCGGACGCCUAUCAGUGGCCCGCCAAUUGCAGCGCCCCAAACUGCCCUUGCCAACGGUCCUAUGCCCCACCAACACCAGCUCCCUCCCCAUCUUCAACAAGGUCACGGCAUGCCUCAGGUUCACACUCCUCAGCAUACUCCUCGCCACCCUGCCGUUCAACCUCAUCAUGGCCCUGGUGCACCUCACCAUUUCGAUGGUCAUCAUAUGCAAUUCUCAGCCUCGAAUUCUUCAGUGCAUCCCUCGCCUCGUGCUGGUAUGCCGCCUUACGUCUAUGGUCCCCAGAUGCCGCAACAGGUGCCGCAAUUUCAACAAGCAAUGCCUGUUUUCGGUAUGAGUCCUCAUGGACAGCCGGUCGCCCUUCGUCAGCCUGGAUUUGUAGCGCAAGCCCCGGCAAUGGGUGGGCACAUGAUGGUCAGUCAGCAUUCUAGUGGCCCUGGAAUGUUCGCUGGAAACCCUCAAAUGCAGCCGAUGCCUCAGAUGCCUCAGAUGCAGAUGUACUCUCCCGCCCCGGGCCAUGUCUAUCCUCAUGGCGGACCAAUGCCUCCGCCGCUUGGUGCCACGGGCUUUCCCAGCCCGAGACCACCGAUGGCGCAAAUGAUGACCCACCAAGGGUCACAGCAGGGACAUGCCCCGCAGCAGUUUGUGCCCAUGCCCAACGGUGGAUAUGCCCCCGUCUUUCAACAAAUGCCGCAAGGAUCAAUGACUCCGAUGCGGGGUCCAUUCCCUCAGCCGCAUCAGGCGCCCUAUGGUUCAAGUCCUCACCAGCAGCACCACUUUCCUCAGCAGCAUCGAGGGACGCCAGGCACCACCUACAGUCAACCGAUGAUGGCACAGCACUCGAUGCCUCCGCAGAUCCCUCCUCCAGCCGGUCCGGGGCCACAUGGUCCUGACAGUGGCGAGAAGGUGGAAUGAGCUUAAGCUCCGUUCACGAGAGGAGUUCUCGGUUCACAGAUAGGUACCUGCGUGGCUGGCUGCUGCGCCGUAGCAUCGCACAGUUGGCGCGGAUCAUGGCCUACACUCAUCGCUGGUCUUUGUUUGCUUGCAUUUAGCGUGGCUGGGCGUCGGGCGCUUUAAGAUGUGCUGGUGAAGGGCAAACCGGUGGCAUUAGCGAUCGGCGUUCUCGGUGGGGGG